AUGGAACCCAGCCGGGCGCCGCUGUCCGUGUUGCCUCUCAGCAUGAUCCUCCGCUCGCUGGCGACGACAGUGGUCUCGUCUUCACCAAUCCUAUUGCCACCAUCGCUGCGUAUCAUGGUGGCGCUGGCUCACGCUAAAUCCCCCAUCCUGAACCCAGACAAAAACCCAAUCCUGAGGUUCUUUUUGAAGAAGUCCUUCUACGCCCAGUUUUGCGCUGGAGAGAAUGCGGUCGAGGUCCGGGAGACGAUUCGGCGGCUGAAAAACAUCGGCUUCACUGGCGUCAUUCUGGGGUAUGCCAAGGAGGUUGUCUUAGAGGGCUCUGACGCCAGAGACAUGAGUGCGGCCAAGCUGGGCCAGGAAACGGCACGCGAUAUUGAGAAGGAGAUCAAUCCAUGGAGAGACGGCACCCUGGAGACGGUUCGCUUGGCCGAGCCUGGUGAUUUUGUCGCUCUGAAGUUCACCGGUGCAGGAAGCCUGGCCCUCAAUCAGCUCAAGAACAGACUCCCUCCUUCUCCGCAUCUGAGUGAGUCCAUUGAUGCCAUCUGCCAGCUCGCUCGUGACCGCGGAGUGCGUCUACUCUUCGACGCCGAGCAGGACAUGCUGCAGGAUGGCAUCGAUGACUGGACCAUGCAAUUCGCACGCAAGUACAACGACUCCCCGGACACCGCCACCAUCUAUGGAACGUACCAGGCGUACAAGAAGGCUUGUCCUGCAGUGGUUUCGCGACACCUGGCCGAGGCGCAGAGAGAGGGCUUCACCCUCGGCGUCAAGCUGGUGCGUGGUGCCUACCUGGGCUCGGAUCCGCGGGAGUGCUUCCACGACACCAAGGAGGACACGGAUGCGUGCUACAACAAUAUCGCAGCCAGCAUCUUGACGAGGCAGUGGUCCCCUACCGUUCAGGGACAGGGCGAGUUCCCCAACGUUCACAUUGUGCUCGCCACCCACAACGUCGAAUCUGUGCGACGUGCCAGGGCCAUUUGCGAUGCCGGUGGCGCCAAGUCGGACAUUGCCUUUGCCCAGCUCCAGGGCAUGGCGGAUGAGGUGAGCUGCGAGCUUGUCGAGGCCAGCCAGUCGGCGCAAAAGGAGAAUGCCAACGCUCGGCCGCUGCCCGUUUACAAGUACCUCGUCUGGGGCACAACUGGCGAGUGCAUGAAGUACCUUCUGCGCCGCGCUCAGGAGAACAAGGACGCCGUUCAGCGAACAAGGAAUGGAAGAGACGCCAUGUGGGCAGAACUCGUCAGGCGAUGCAAGAGCGCCGUUGGCAUGGCCUAA